AAAUAAAUCCAAACAAUUGAAAUAGUUUUAUGAACAAUUUAUGAAUUUAUGUUGAAAACGCCGCAACAUGAUCUGUCGCUUGUGUUUAAGAAACAUAAACUCAAACCAUGCAGUCUACCUGUUUGAAACCGACGAUACACUAGCCGAAUCCAAGUUGCUCAAAAUGAUAGCAAAGUUCCUCCAACUCGAAAUAAUGCCGGAUGAUAACAUCUCGACAAACAUUUGCCACGAGUGCUGUGAGCAUUUGGAGGACUUCAACAAUUUCUGGCAGCUGGUGGAACAAAAACAGGGCACACUCAAAAAGGAAUUCCUCAACGUGGACGUCGACUGUGUAGCCCUGAAAUGGACAGGCGGCAUCGAUGUGGACGUCAGCAUCGACGAGCUGCCGCUGGUGGCCGAUGAGAUGGACGAGAAGCCACUGGACAUACACAAUCUCAGCCUGCUUGGCAGCGUACUCGAUGUCAAUGUGGACAGUGUCGAGGUGGCGCCUUCACAGCAAUCAUCGCAUCGCAAGGAACUGAUGCCACUGAACGCAGCUGGACAUGAUUCUGAUCCGGAUGAGAAGCCCAUAAUCGAUGACAGCAGUGAUCACAGUGCGGGCAACUUCCCCUCCUCCUCCUCCUCAUCCUCCGACGAUGAUAAUGAUGAUGAUGAUGAAGUGCCCCUGGUGAAGCUGCAGCACAAACUGAAACCGAAGCGAAAAGUUCGCGCCCCGCGUCGCAAGCAACGCACCUUGACCCUGGCCCAGGAGCUGGAUCAGCUGCUCGAGGAGAGCAACGUGGACAACGGCAAUAAAGUGCGGCGCAAGAAAGUAACAAACACAAAUACACACACGCCAACCGAUUCACAGAAGGAUGAACUGGAGGCGGCAAUGGAACGGCGUCCGAAGGGCUGUUCCCGUGCCCAACUUUCGAAACGCUACGAGGAGGCGAUUGCCAGUUACAUGAGUGCCGACUGUGAUCUGUGCGACUUCAGUGCCAAGUACCUGUCCCAGCUGAAAGUCCACUUUCUUGAGGUGCAUCAACAGGACGCGUAUCUCAAGUGCUGCAACAAGGUCUUCAAUCGACCCUCCAAGCUAAUGGAUCACAUACGCAAGCACAUCAAUCCCAAGCUCUUCACGUGCUCCAUCUGCAACAAAUCGUUGAACUCGCAGGACUAUCUGGCCACGCAUAUAGAAACGGUGCACAAUAAGGUUGCCAAGAUUGGCAAGGUGUUGAAUUAUCCGUGCUCCAAGUGCGAGCGUACCUUUAGCAGCGAGCGUCGUCUGGCCAAUCAUGUGAUGAAGCAUGACACGGAUCAAUUGGAGCACAGUUGUCAGAUUUGUGAAAAGAGAUUUGCCAAUGUGCAUCGACUGAGACGGCACAUUCAAUCCAUACACGAGGAUCUGCAUCCACAUGUCUGCGAUACUUGUGGCAAAAAGUUUAAGUUUAAGCCCUCGUUUGAACGUCAUCUGCUGGAGCACCAAGGUGUCGUCUCACCUGCCAUGGAGUGUCCCGUCUGCGGUGUGUGGCUGAAGAAUGAGCACAGUCUGCGAUUGCAUCGCUUUACCCAUGAUAGCACCAAUACCGUCUGUCCGCAUUGCUCCAAGACGUGCAGUUCCCGUACCGCGUUGCGUGCCCACGUUGAAUAUGCCCACAAAUUGACGACGAGUCUACAGUGCACGUAUUGUGAGAAGAGCUUCAAGCAGCAGCGUAAUCUGGAUGAGCACAUGGCCAUACAUACCGGAUUGCAGCUAUACAAUUGUCCGCAUUGUCCCAAGGAAUGUCGUUCCCGUUCCAACAUGUAUGUGCACAUCAAGCAACGACAUGCAGAUGAAUGGCUCAAGGCCAAGAUGGCCCGAUCCCAUAACCCACAAUUCAAGCCACAUGCCUAGGAUUAGUUUAAGUUUAGUUUACCUUAGCUCUUACAUACCCUGGUCGAGGGUAUAUUAAGUUGUAAAGUAUAUAUAUUUAUGAUCAGCAUAAAAAAACCAAAUCAAUAUAGCCAUUUCCGUCUGUCUGUCACUUCGUUUAUAUGAACGAAAGCAUCUCAGAAACGUUAAGAGCUAGAUGUACCAAAUAGCGCAUUUUUAAAGCUACAGAAUUGAGAGUUUUUCACACAUGAUCAAUUUCCAAGUACCUAAGGAACUGGACCAGGGUAUCUCAUAGUCGAGCAGUGUCGACUAUAGCUUUCGUACUUGUUAUUGAGUUUAGUUUGCUUAGAAAUUUUACCAUUUGACAAGGAAUUUACAUUAAUAUACGAUUACUCAAGAA